AUGCCUACCCUCUGGGGAAAUCACCAACCAAACAACGAUGACGGCAACGGGAGGGCCGACGACGGCCGGGAAGCGGCGGACGAGAGGACGCGUCUGCUCUCCAACCACGCCGACAGGGGCCCGGCCAUGCUUGCUCCCGACGACCCGGCGGUAUCUCCGUUCAACCUGUGGACUGUUCGCAUGUUCAAGCAUGUCACCGUCUUCUUCACUUUAAUUACGGCGGGUUGGUGGACGGUGCUGUUGAUCUCGACCUUUGUCACGCCGCCCGGCUUACACAUGCGGGGGUCGGGAUUCUUCGCCUUUGCCAACACGACGAUCGCGCUGUUGGCGCUGAUACUCGACCUGAUGUUCUUUGGGACCCCGUCCAAGUCCACGCGCAUCCUAUGCGCCUGUAUGGCACUUGCUCUCCUCGUAAACACGAUCCUCACGCUCGCUGUCCAAAUGGUUCGAUACGAAGAAGGAUGGGUAGGCGCGGUGAGCGUUUCAUGGGUACUCCUCAUGAGCCUGUGGGUGCUCGCGGCGGACCGCACCGUGGAGUGGGGUAAAGCAGAAGAAGAAGAGCGGCUGACGGGUCGGUCAGAGACCCGACGUACGCUCGGCGAGUGGUCGCGGGUCCUCACAUCGACGGUGGGCUUCUUCGUGCUGUGCCUCGCCGUCUUCCUGAUGACGCUCACCCUCAUCGUGCGCGACAAGUACCGGAUGCACGUAUUUUGCGAAGCCAACAUCACGGACGGGCGGGACCGCGACCUGCCCACCGUGCUCCUCGAGAGCGGCGAGUUCCCCGUGCAAAGCGGGCUGGCCCAGCUCGCCGCCAACGCCCUACGCAACGGCACGAUUGCCCGGUACUGCUACGUCGACCGGCCGGGCUACGCGUGGAGCGACACGGCACCCUCGCCCUUCUCGGCGGGCAUGGGCGCCGUCGCCGUCAGCGAAGCGCUCGCCAAGGCGGGCGAGCCAGGGCCCUGGGUCGUCGUCAGCGCCGGGGUGGGAGGCUUCUACUCGCGCAUCUUUGCGUCGCAGCACGGCAACGAGGUCAAGGGCUUACUCCUCGUCGACGCCCUGCACGACGACGACCUCGACCGGCUGGCGUCGGCGCACCGCGGGCUCCUGUUUUGGCUGUGGGGCAUCCUCUCCCGCUGGGGCUCGACACGUUACCGGGCGCCCUGUUUGCGCGGCGCAACAGCGAGGACCGCAUCUGGGGCAUCUCGUCCCAGCAUAACCCCAAACACGUGCUCGCGCGACUGCAGGAGGCGCUCGUGGCCAGCUCGCUCUCAAGCGCGAGGUGCUCAGCAGCCGCAACAUCAUGCGCAAGGAUACGGCGCUGGCGGUGAUUUCGUCGGGGACCGCAUCAAGGGGAACAGGCGGUGGGAGGAGAAGCAGCGGGACUUGUCGAGGCUGACGACGAACUUGAAGCACUGGGAUGUUGUGGACGGGGCGCCGCACGAGGUGUGGAGGACGUUGGAGGGGCGGGAGAGGAUUGAGAGGCGGAUGGGGGAGCUUGUUCGCGGGUAUUAA